UCGACAUUGCUAUGUGAUCUUGAGGUCUACUCGUAUACAGAGCUAACGGCUUUCCCUCUUUCAGAAGGAAAAUGAAGUUAACCUUAAUCGUUCUGGCGGCGAUCUGCGCUGCCUCCUACGCCCAGAGUCUUGCGGAAUUACAACAGCUGUUCGAGCAAGCCGUUGGAGGACAGUCAGGCAGCGGCGGAUCGACUUCUGGGAACAGACCCAAUAGACCAAACAGACCAAACAGACCUUCGGGAGGUAGCUUUGGAGGCGGAUUCGGGCAACAAGGUGGAUUUGGCCAGGGCGGAUUUGGGCAGCAGGGUGGAUUUGGACAACAAGGUGGAUUUGGCCAGCAGGGCGGCUUUGGCCAGGGUGGAUUCGGACAGCAGGGUGGAUUUGGCCAGCAGGGUGGAUUUGGCCAGGGUGGAUUCGGACAGCAGGGUGGAUUUGGCCAAGGAGGAUUUGGACAACAAGGUGGCUUUGGUCAAGGUGGGCUUGGCCAAGGACAAGGAGACUGCAAGUUUUUCUGCAGGAGGCCACAGGGAUAUGUGUGUUGCUAAAACGACGUACAAACUAAGAAUACAGAAGCAACUCGUAAGAACAGAGUAUAUUGUUUGAUUUCAAUAAAUUUCUUAAAUAAAA